GUAGUACAGGUUGAAGAAAAAGAUGAAGUGACAGAAAGUGACUUGCCCAAAAAAAGUGUGAGAAAGUUGGGCUCAUCAGAAGAAAAUCGACAACGUGAAGCAUGAGGGGGAUGAAUUUCCCAAAGCGCUAUGUGAUUGUCAUUCUAACCUUCAUCUGCACAUGUAUAUGCUAUAUUGAACGUAUGGGGUUCUCGAUUGGGUAUACUGUAGCUGCUGAUGCUGUGGGGGUAAAUCAGUCAAGCAAAGGCACUAUACUCUCAACAUUCUAUUAUGGGUAUGCCUGUUCACAGGUGCCUGGAGGAUGGGCAGCUCAGAAAAUAGGGGGGAGGCGGGUUCUCCUCCUGUCAUUUGUAUUAUGGUCUGUAACUUGUGUUUUAGUACCACUAGACCCAAACAAAGUAAUGACUUUGGUAUUAGCUCGCUUGCUUGUUGGAGUGGCACAAGGGUUCAUCUUCCCCUCCAUCCACACAGUCCUAGCACAGUGGGUCCCGCCGCGUGAAAGGUCAAGAUCUGUUUCUCUUACUAUGUCUGGAAUGUAUCUAGGUGCUGCUGCAGGUAUGCUUUUGAUACCAAGCCUGGUGAAGUUCAGGGGUCCCCAAUCUAUAUUUCUCGCAGAAGCUGCUUUAGGUGCCAUGUGGUCUAUUCUUUGGGUCAAAUAUGCAAGUGACCCACCUCGUUCUGACCUUCCAAAAGCGACCGCUGCUGGCUUUGAGGAAUCUUUGUUGCCAAUGAAGGGGAGUCAGAAGGUAAAGGUGGAGAAUGGAGGACACUCCAUCGAAACUGCCAAAAUUCCAUGGAAGAGAAUUAUUCUCAGCUUGCGAGUUUGGGCAAUUGUGGUGAAUAGUUUCACUUUUCACUAUGCCUUAUACGUGCUCAUGAAUUGGCUACCCACAUACUUUGAACAGAGUCUCCAGCUUAGUCUCCAGGAAAUGGGUUCUUCUAAGAUGAUACCUUAUCUCAACAUGUUCAUAUUCUCGAAUAUUGGUGGGGUGGUUGCAGAUCACUUGAUCACCAGGAGAAUCUUUUCCGUAACUAAAACCAGGAAGUUCUUGAACACGGUAGGAUUCAUAGUGGCUGCUUUUGCGUUGAUGGCACUUCCCCUAUUCAGGACGUCUGGUGGAACGGUGUUUUGUUCUUCCGUGGCCCUUGGUUUCUUGGCACUAGGAAGAGCUGGUUUUGCUGUGAAUCACAUGGAUAUCGCUCCGAGGUAUGCUGGAAUUGUGAUGGGAGUUUCUAACACAGCUGGUACAUUAGCCGGCAUUGUUGGGGUUGACCUUACCGGCAAGCUUCUUGAAGCUGCUAGAACUGCUAAUUCGGAUAUUACAAGUCCGGAAAGCUGGAGAGCUGUGUUUUUCAUACCGGGCUUGCUCUGCAUUUUCAGUUCUGUCGUGUUUUUACUAUUUGCAACCGGGGAGAGGAUUUUUGACUAGCUCAGCGCAUUGUGAAUGUGCCAUGGCUUUAUCAAUGCUCAUCAAUGUUCCGAGGCUCAUAGACAAUCAAACCAGUUGCUUGAUUUUUGUUGCACAUUGACUGAAGAUCGCUGCUCGUUCUUAUAUAUAGGUUUUUGUUUUGACACAGGGUUGAUUGAAUCAUUGAGAUGUUUUUACAGAAAUUCUUGGGCUCCACUGCGAAGCUUGUGGAAACGGUAAUGUGAAUUGUGAGGCACUAUGGCGGGUUUAAGAUGGUGCAGGAAAUCUAUCUCACUGAUUUCUGGCUUCCUAGGUGUUAUGCUCAAGCAUCUUUUUCGAUAUCACGAUGCAUUUGAAUUUGGUUUUUAGUACUCUUUUAAAUUAUGUGAUGUUGAUUUGUAAAAUCAGGAAGAAAAGAAAUAAAUGAAUUAUGUCAUCCUAAUUAUGAUGUUUUU